ACAAGAAUGGCAGCUGCAAUUGUUAAUGUUAAGAGAAACAAAAACAAAAAUUGGAAUGUGUCUGAAACGACCAUUCUUGUUGACCGGUGCGUGGAAGGAUACAGUCGGCUGUUUGCCAGCCACUCUCCUUCCGUCACGGAAGCAAAAAAGGAUGUAUUUUGGACGGAGACAGUUGAAAUGAUAAAUGCAGUAGGACCCUGACGGACGUUGCACGAGGUCAAAAUGAAAUGGGUAGACCUGAAAAGUGCCACAAAGGCAAAAAAAAGAAAAUUAAAGAAGGAAGUGGGACAAACUGGCGGUGGACCUGCCCCAGAUAAAUUAACACCACUUAAAGACAAUGUGCUGAUCAUCAUCCCUAAAGUAUCAAUUGAGGGCGUGACUGCAGAUGGGGAUGUGUUUACAGACAAUCUAAAAGAAUCCUCCAUUGAGGAGAAGUUCGAGACUGAAGAAGUGCCAUGUACACACAAUGAAAACAAAAUGGUUUCACUGGCUGAAAAUGUUGCAACACUUCAAUUGACUGAAAACUUAAAGACUCAAACGCAAGUUGCAUCAACCAGCUGUGAGAAAUUAGAAAACAAAAAAUGGAAGACUGACACAACAAAUACCACAUGUCAAGCAUGUAGGAGCAGCGUGAUUAAAACUCAGGAGAUGUUGAUUGCAUCAAGGGAAAGAAAUGCCAUUUUGAAAGACAUUAACAAAAAUCUCGAGGAACUGGUUUCUAUAAAGAAAAUGAAAUUCUUCAAUGCUCAAUUGAUUCCCAAAUUGUAAAUUAGUUUUAAAUGUGAUGAUGUUAGGUGUUAAGUAUUCUAUGAAGCGUA